AUGUUCCUCCCUCAAUUUUCCGAGUUCUCCUCUCAUCCCGUCCUGAGAGGUCCAUCAAUCACUAAAUGCCCAUUUACUCCUCCUUCGCCUCGACUCUUGCUCGUCAGGGUCCCAAGACCUUUACGCACGGUUACGCUCAAUCCCUUGUUGCCGCCACCCAUCCCCAACAAGGCCGGUCACUAUCCGAACUAUCACUUUCAAAAUGCGUUCCACAGCAGUGCUCAGUCUUCGACUACUGUCCAGCAGGUCCGCCCUGAGAAGAGUGAUGGGGGUUUAGAUGCAUAUUUUGAGGCGUGGAAGAAGCAACACGCAGCAGGUGAACCAGAAAAGGAAUGGACACAAUUUCAAUUCGCCAAGCGCAUUGAAUGGAAGCCCCAGUCGAUUGAGGUCGACAACGAGGGCCAGAGCCAUGUUGAAGCUCAGGCGGCUGAGGGGGCUCCCAAGCCGGUCCUCGAGAGAGCAUACAGUGCAAGCGCGGUAGAUGAAUUAAGACAGGUCGAGGAGGAAGCUGCUCUCGCCAAGAUCGAUGCUGCCAUUGAGAAGGAGAUCAAGUCCCGAGAAGACCAAGCCAUUUUCGAGGCAGAAUUGAGUGUUGUGGCGGCACGUGCUCCAACACCUCCAGUUGCAGCUGUCCAGUCUCCUGCUCUUUCAUCGACAGAGUCCGGCUUCGAGAAGUUGCCCUCUAGCCCGGCCACAUCAGUCAGCACAGCUUCUGAGCUUCAAUCUCAAAGCUAUGCAGACCAUCUCAGCAAGCUCUCUGAAGCUCAUCGAUAUGCUGAGAUCCCAGCAGUCUUCGAGGCCAUGCUUGUGGCUGGGAUUCAACCUGUUGCAGCAGCAUACAACGCUCUCCUCGACGCAGCUAUUCACCUCCCAGCUGAGCGAAUCCAGGUUGUCCCUAAGGCACUUGAUGUCUACUCUGACAUGCUUCGCCGCAAGGUUCUCCCAAACACCGCCACAUACAAGACUCUUAUCAACUUGUUAUCUUCCCGAUCCCUCGAGGUUUCUUCGCUGAAACAGUCGUUGGAGGAGAAGCGAGUUCGCUUCGGUGGUAUGGAGGAGCCUGGCAAAUUCAUGUUCGCAUCAAACGAAUUUGAAUUUGCCAUCCUUGCUGAGGAUGAUCGCCUUGAUCUAGCAAUGAGACUCUUCGAGGCUUCAAUUUCUUACCGCAAGGAUCGUGCUUUCCCACCAGAGACCUAUCACCAGCUCAUCUCAGCCUGUUCCGAAGCUGGCCGAGUUCCAGAGAUGAUUAGACUUUAUGAACACAUGGAGUCCAGCAAGAUUGUUCCAUUGGCUGCUACAUUCGCACCAAUGAUCAGGGGCUUCACUCAAAUCGGAGAUUUAAGCAGUGCAGUUGAGUGCUACAAUGAGUACAAGGAGUUGGCUGUGGCCAACGACCAAGGCAAGCUCGACUUGAGCGACCGACAAGAUGCACACAUCUACGCUACCGUAGUGAAGGCAUACAUCACUGCUGACCGACUGGAGGGUGCAAUUCAGUUCUACAACAGAAUCAUCCAGGCAUAUCCAGCAGAGACUCUCAGAGACGCCAUCAUCGGUCAUGGACUUGUCCAGGGUUUCUUGGAACGUAGCAUGCUUCCUCAAGCUCUCGAGUGGGCCGAAAACCUCGGAAGCUCUACCAAGGCUAUCUCGAUGAGCAAAGUAGCUACGGUUGCAGCCGACAAGGGAGACAAGGCUACUGCAGUUGCUGCCUUCGCUCACGUGCCAUCCAACUUUAGCGACAUCGCUACCCCCGCUAUGGCUAUGUUGGCCCUCAGUGUUCGUGAGGGAGACGUUCCUGCCGCUCAGCGAUUCUGGCACAUGUUGUCGAAUCCCGAGCUGACUGUUUCCGCAGCAUCCAUUGAGCCUACUGCGAUGUUCGCUGUGGCCAUGAUCGGUUCUGGACAAGUCGCCGAGGGUCUCAAUCAAUCAGAGCAGAUGUUCGCACGCAUUCGAGCAACUGUAGUUGAUGCCCAUGUCAACGAUGAGGUCGAUGAAGGUGUAGAGUUCAUCAACAGAUUCAUGACAGCACGUGGUCUCACGGAUCCUCGUCAAGUCAUGCCAGAGUCGCCAAUCUACCCACAAAGCUUCACUCCAGUCUCAUAUGCGCCUGCACCGACGUACGAGGACACCUUUGAUCCUUAUGCAGCCUCCACCGACUUCAAGGGCUCUGCUCUCAUUGCUGAGGAACUUGAGAAAGGCACUGGUGGCCGAAACAAGGUUUCGCGUCUCAACGAGGCCCUCGGUAGAUUUAGAAACAUGCGCCGAGCUGGUCGUCACCCACGUUAUAUUACCUACGCCAAGCUCAUCUCCGCCGCUGCACGAGAGGAGCGAAUCAAUCUGGUCCACGACAUCCUGGGAAUGGCUCGAACUGACAUUCCGCUGCUUCCUCAGUAUUCGGUUGUUCGUUAUGGCUGGGUCUCGAUUCUUGAUGCUAUGGUUGGAGCAUGCCUUAAUCUCAACAAGCGUAGUCUUGCAGCUCAGUAUCACCAAGAGCUUCUUGACAUGGGUGCCGCACCAACCGCAAACACCUUUGGUCUAUACAUCACCACGUUGAAGGAGUCGACCAAGACUUUUGACGAAGCUACCGAGGCUGUCAAGAUCUUCCACCGUGCCAAGAGUGAGGGCGUCGAGCCUUCUUCUUUCUUGUACAAUGCUCUCAUUGGCAAGCUUGGAAAGGCUCGUCGCAUCGAUGACUGUCUUUUCUACUUUGCUGAGAUGAGAAGCCUUGGUAUCCGGCCAACCAGUGUUACUUAUGGCACCAUCGUCAACGCUUUGUGCCGCGUUAGCGAUGAGAAGUUUGCCGAGGAGCUGUUCGAGGAGAUGGAGUCGAUGCCGAACUACAAGGCUCGCCCAGCUCCAUACAACAGCUUGAUGCAAUUCUUCCUCACCACGAAGCGCGACAAGAGCAAGGUCCUGGCCUACUACGAGCGCAUGAAGAGCAAGGGUAUCGAGCCAACCAACCAUACCUACAAACUCCUCGUCGACACCCAUGCAACUCUCGAGCCUGUCAAUAUGCCUGCUGCCGAAGCUGUUCUCGACCUCAUUCGAAGCACUGGCCAACGCCCCGAGGCAGUUCACUACUCGUCCUUGAUUCAUGCUAAAGGUUGUGUCAUGCACGACAUGGAGGGCGCAAAAGCCGUUUUUGACUCCGUUAUGGCUGACCCCUCAAUCCGACCCCAGGCCUGCCUUUACCAAGCACUUUUCGAGUCCAUGGUCGCCAACCACCAAGUCACCGAUUCCGAGCCCGUUCUCAAAGAGAUGUCCAGACGAGGUGUUGAAAUGACACCAUACAUCGCCAAUACCCUCAUCCAUGGCUGGGCCAACCAAAAGAACAUCGAAAAGAGCAAGACCAUCUUCUCUUCCGUCAGUCGUGAGAAGCGAGAGCCAAGCACCUACGAAGCUAUGACCAGAGCCUACCUCGCCGUCGAAGACAGGGAUAGUGCCCGAGGUGUCGUUCAAGAAAUGCUGAGCAGAGGAUACCCCGGAGCUGUCGCCAACAAGAUCCUCGAAUUAUUGGGUGGAGGCAACGCUGAGAACGCCAUUUAA